AUGAAAGACAUCGUCAUACUCGGUGCCGGCCUAGCGGCAGCCCCCCUGAUCCGCCAAAUCAUGCUCAAGUCAGUCUUGCGACAGGACAAUCUCAGACUGACGGUCGUCGCACCAAACACCCACUUCCACUGGCCCAUUGCCAUGCCUCGAGUCAUUCUCCCCGACCACUGGUCUGAGCACAAGGCCAUGUUCGAACUCUACCCCUUCUUCAAGGACUACCCCCCUGAGAGGUUUGAGUUUGUCCUUGGAGCCGCCAGUAGUAUGGACCUGGAGGGAAAGCACAUCACGGUUGCUUUGAAUCGAGGGGGAGUUUAUACGGUACAUUACGACACUCUUGUCAUUGCCACCGGCUCGUCUGCCCAGGAUCAUGUACCAUGGACGGUCUUGGGCACAACAGAAGAGACCAAGGAGAAGCUUCAUGCACUAUGGGACGAUAUCAGAAGAGCUGAGACGAUUGUUAUUGCGGGAGGUGGCCCGACUGGUACAGAAACGGCUGGAGAGAUUGCUUACGAAUACCGUGACGAAAAGGAGGUGUACUUUAUCUACGACGACGCCCUUCCGCUUGGACCGUCAACUCUGGACAGCGUGAGGAAACAAGUCAUUAAGGAACUUUCAAAGCUCAAAGUCAACAUGCUGCCCAAGACCCGCGUCACAGAAGUCACCAAGGACGGAAAAGACACCAUCCUCCAACUCCGCCGAGCCGACGGCAGCUUUCAGACUCUGAGAACUCAGGCCUACAUUCCCGCUACCGGGACAAAGCCCAACACGGCGUUUGCGCCAAAUGAGAUUUUGGACAAUCGCGGUUUCAUAAAGCAGACAGGUUAUCUUCAAGUGGAGGGCCACUCGGAUAUUUUUGUGCUUGGCGACGCUGGAAAUUUGGAGAGCAACAGGGCAAUGUAUGCUGAUUCUCAGUGCCUACACCUCAUCAAGAACCUUCCCAUAUACCUCAGUGGGGGUAAAAUGACACCGUAUAAAAAGAAGCAGAAGGAGAUGAUUGCCAUCACGCUUGGAAGAAAACGAGCUACGGGGCAGCUGGGGAACAUCAAGAUCUUGAGUCUGUUGCUGUGGUAUGCCAAGGGACGUUGGAUGGGUACGGAUUAUGCGUAUGAUCUCGCGGCCGGGAGAAGGUCACUUUCGACGGUACUAGAGAAGCGGAGGCGGUAG